UCAGACGUCUAAACGAUGGUGCAAAGAGCCUGAGGAGUUGACCGCUGUCCGGGUGGUACUGUAUUGUAUGUAAUUACACUUGCACUGUAUUGUUCUACGGCCAUCGUGUAUUUUACGCCUGGUCUUGCUAUAAUGAAUAAAAAGGAACCUUUGCGUGACAUACACCCUUCGGCAAUCUGGUGAUGGGGAUAUAUGCAGACCAGACAAUAUUAGUGAAAGUACACAGUGUAUAACGCUUAGUGUGUUUUCUCCUUUACGAAGGCUCAUUAGCAUUGAUAUAAGAACAAUAGUUGUAAGGACAAUAGUUCUUAAUACGUCGACGAUCGUCUGCGCAUGCGUGAUCACAUGACCGACAAAUUUUGCUUCUGCAAUAUGGAGGAUCGUGUACGUCAAUAAUUAUGAGGGGAUGAAGAGACAACCUUUCAUUCUGCACAGGCCCUCGUGGGGUCUAGAUUAAGCCAAUAUUUUUGAUAGGAACUUUGUUGAUCUUCCCAUCUGACCCGGUCUUAUCGUCUGAUCAUUCUCCAAAAUGGCUGAAACGGUGUACGGAACGGUUGAAGAAGGACAUGUCAUGUCUGAGAAAGUGUCGUCUCUUGCAGCGACUAUUUAUAAGGAGUUUGAGCGUAUGAUGAAAAAGUACGACGAAGAUGUUGUCAAGGGACUCAUGCCACUUAUCGUGGGUAUUCUGGAAGCUUUGGAUAAUGCCUAUUCCGAAAAACAAGAAGGAGAUGUUGAGUGUGAGCUUUUGAGAGACGAUAAUGAACAGCUACUGACCCAAUAUGAAAGAGAAAAACAGCUGCGUAAAGCUUCAGAACAGAAAUAUCUUGAGAUGGAAGAUGCCGUGGAGGGAGAAAAGAAAGAUCUCCAGGACAAAGUGGAAAGCCUUGAGUCAAUUGUUCGCAUGUUGGAACUGAAGUCUAAGAACUCAGCAGAUCAUGUGUCAAGAUUAGAAGAAAAGGAAUCGGAAAUGAAGAAAGAAUAUAACAAACUCCAUGAACGCUACACAGAGUUGUUCAAGACUCACAUGGACUACAUGGAGAGAACCAAGAUCCUGAUGGGAACUGAUAAACUGUCUGAGCUGUCUGGAAACAGUCCCAGAAUAAAGGGUGGGUUCCAGCUUCCGUCUCUGCGUCCCGUCAGCAUGUUCGUUCAAGGAUCAGGAGAGACGCCCAUUAAGUCAGACAGUUCUCCCAUGAGCUUUGAUCUGACAUCACCACAGAGUGGCCGUGAUUCAAAUGUCAGCAUCAAGAGUGAGCUGAGUGACCUGGAGUCCCCCGAACCUGGCAGGGCCAGGAUGUCGGAAACUGAUUCCAAAGGAAAGAUGACCCAUGAUAAGGAACAGCUGACUGACAACAUCAGUGUGGCCGAAAGAAGCACCACCACAGGAACAAAAAAAUCAUCCGCCCCCGAGUCACAAACCCCCGAUUCCGCUGAGGAACCGCCAGUCCAACUGAGGAGAAAGCCAGAUUCCCGUGAUAACUCAGUAUCUAGUGAUAGAGACUUAGAUAACACUGUGUCUAGUGGUCCUGACAGUAGUGUCUCUCAACAACAACCUCAUACUCAGAACAAGGGUGUCGAACGUUUAAUAUCAGAAGACACGUUUGAGGAAGACCCCAUUUCUGUACCAUCGGGUUUGGGUGAAACGUUACUAUCUAUAGUUGCUUCUACACCAGAACUAGAUGAUGACUCAUUUGGUUCCAAAAGAGCGUCAAGAAGGAAUGAUAAGACUAUAUUUGAUGAGCUGGCUGGUGAGGGAGCUGACAUUGCAGAAGUUGACUUUGGUGUUGAUAUUACUGGCCGCGAGGUGAACCCAGCUGAGUAUGCCUCCUCCGAUAGUGACGACGAUGGAGAUAAAGACAAUGACAAAGACUCUGUCGUCAGUGACAAUUUCUUUGGAAUGGGCAAGGAGCUUGAAAAUUUAAUUCUAGAAAAUACAGAAUUAUUAGCUACCAAAAAUGCCUUGAACAUAGUGAAGGAUGAUCUCAUAGCCAAGGUGGAUGAGCUCUCAAGUGAGCAGGAGAUUCUCCGAGAGGAGAUCACCUCCCUGCAGACUGUGAAGGGCCGGCUACAACUUCGCAUCACUCAGCUGGAGGAAGAACUGAAGAAGACAAAGGAAGAAAUGCAGAAGAAACAACAGGCUACAGGAGACGAGGAGGACGAUGUGCCAAUGGCCCAGCGGAAGCGGUUCACACGUGUAGAGAUGGCACGGCGUUUGAUGGAGCGGAAUCAGUACAAGGAGAGGCUGAUGGAGCUUCAGGAGGCUGUCAGAUGGACGGAGAUGAUCCGAGCCUCCCGUGAACAUCCAGAAUCAGGUCUUCAGCAAAAGAAAAGGUCCUCUAUAUGGAACUUCUUUAGCAACCUCUUCAACUCCCCCAACAAGCCGAAGCGUAGCGCCACUCUGCCAGUGGCCACCGUCAAGUACAAUGCCCCUACUACCCAGGUCCAGCCAGUCGGAGACCCCAACAAGAAACAGAGGGAGAAAUACAACCUUGGACAGAAGUCCAAAGCCUACGAGUUCUUGCAAGAUGAUGCAACUGCCGAGAAAACUCGUAAAGAACGUGAAAAGGAGCGAAGAGAGCAGUAUAAACAAGUCCGGGCUCAUGUUAAGAAAGAUGAUGGACGAAUGCAGGCGUAUGGAUGGAGUCUGCCAGCCAAAUUUACCCCUCAGCUCCCUCGGGAGCAGUCUUCCAAGAGUCAUGUACCUGUCCCAGUCCCUGUCUACUGUCGCCCCCUCCUGGAGAAAGAACUUGGUCUCAAGUCACUCUCAUGGGAGUCUCAUAUCUGGUGUGCGGCUGGAGUGAACCUGACAGGUGGUAAGACGAGAGAUGGUGGCUCCAUGGUGGGAGCCAGUGUCUUCUACGCCAACGCACCCGAGGAGGCCGAUGCACGGAGGGAAACAAAGGAUGAAGUUGAGAAACUCAACCAAGAACUCAAGGAACAUGAGAAAAACUUGAAGUCUGCAGACAAGGAGCAGUUUUCGUCUCUGGUAUGGAUCUGCACCAGCACACACUCCACCAGCAGAGUGUCUGUCAUUGACUCCAACAACCCAGGGGACAUCCUCGACUCCUUCCGGGUGUCCUCAACCCACAUGCUCUGUAUAGCCAGCGUGCCAGGAGCCAUGGAAUCAGACUACCCUGUGGCAGAGGAGAUCCUCAAGGCAGAAGCACCACCACUCCCCAAGGAGACUGUUGUGUCGGAGGGCAGCACCUCUGCUGACCAGAACGGAGACAGCAAUGGGGUAGGGGGGAUAACUUUCGUCCAGUGUUCCACUGGCACCACAGGUCAAGAAGCUAGCUCUGAAGCCUCUCCAGCAGGGUCCCCUCCACGCAGGAGGUCCAGAGAGCUGAGUCCUGAAACAGAUGCAGAGGUUGCAUCAGCUCUUGCCGAGGCUGUCACAGAUGAUGGUGACAGCGGAGAAGCAAGGGAAAAGGCGUACAAUGAGAUCAACAAGGAGGCCCAUGAUGAAGAUCCUCUUGGAGCCACGACACUCGAGAGCAUCAAGCCAACCGUGUUUCGAGCAACAGGUUCCCCAGUGUCGUCAGGAACAGCCACACCCAACUCGACAUCGUCAGGUGGAGAGAAGCGUCUGCAGGAUCAGGAGGAGCUGGACAAGGAGGGCAUAUCGUCCAUCGCUGCUGACAACGAGCUGCAGUAUGGCGAGCUGGAGAAGAUGAGCAGUCUCCUCCCCACCAUGUGGAUGGGCUCACAGAGUGGCAGUUUAUAUGUGCACUCAGCUGUGGCCCAGUGGAGGAGGUGUCUGCAUUCUGUCAAACUCGAUUCCAUUCUCAGCAUUGUCCAUGUGAAAGGUCGUGUCAUGGUGGCCCUGGCUGAUGGAACAGUGGCCAUAUUUCACAGGGCGGCAGAUGGUCAAUGGGACUUGAAGAACUACCAUCUGCUCGACCUUGGUCGACCACAUCACUCAAUCCGGUGCAUGACAGUCAUCGCCAACAAGAACGUCUGGUGCGGAUACAAGAACAAAGUACACAUCAUUAAUCCUCAGACCAUGGGUAUUGAGAAAAGUUUUGAUGCCCAUCCUCGCAAGGAAAGCCAAGUUCGGCAGUUAUGUUGGGUCGGGGAGGGUGUGUGGGUGUCCAUUCGUCUAGACAGCACUCUCCGCCUGUACCACGCCCACACACACCAGCACCUCCAGGACGUGGACAUAGAGCCGUAUGUCAGUAAGAUGCUAGGUACUGGCAAACUAGGCUUUUCUUUCGUACGUAUAACAGCCAUGUUGAUUUCCUGCAACCGACUUUGGAUUGGCACAGGAAAUGGUGUGAUCAUUUCAGUCCCUCUCUCAGAAAGCAACAAACAACAGGUAACCACUUCUAGUCGGCGCCAACCUGGGGGUGUGAUACGAGUGUAUAGUGACACCAAAACAGACAGUGUUACUCCCGGUUCAUUCAUCCCCUACUGUUCCAUGGCCCAGGCACAACUGUCCUUCCAUGGACACAAAGAUGCUGUGAAAUUCUUCGUUGCAGUGCCUGCAACUGGCAAGCGUAAACUGCCGUUGGAAGAUGAGGAAUUGACAUCAUAUUCAGGUACUGCUAGGAAGGGCAUGAGUGCUGCAGCCCCGAGUCCCGACGAUGGUGAGACGCCCACCAAAUCCCGACUGGAGGCUAUACCAGCGCCACCUACCAACACAAAGCUUGUCCUGUCUGGGGGAGAAGGCUAUGUUGACUUUAGAAUUGGUGAUGGUGAUGAUGAUGAGCUUGUGAUAGAGACUGAGGAGGAGAAGAAGUCUCAACUGAACAAAGUAGACAGGAGUCAUCUUAUAGUCUGGCAGGUCACACAGGAGUAGCCCCCAAACAGAGCUCUUCACAGCAGCCAGCCAAUCAGAGCUCAUCGCAACAGCCAGACAGUUUGAGAACAUCGCUACUCUCAGUUAGCUUGCUUUUUGCCCAACUACACAGCGAAUCAGGAUACUUUGUCCACCUGAGGUUGACCACAUAUUCAACAUAACUUUAGCACGGAUUCAUAAAAAACAAAGGUUCUUCAUGAAAUGAAGGUUGAAUUCUUAAGAAAUAUGUACCAAAUCAAAGAAAUUUUUGAAAUCUUCAAGAAGUGGUUCCAUUUGUGAUGAUAUUGAAGUAUGUAUUGUAAAAUCUAUGGUUACAUGAGCACUCAUGUAUGUAAAUACUCAGAACCAUAUCCUGAAGUUGCUGACAGUUCCAUUGGGCAUAGCUGAAAGCCGCCUCCAUUCUGCAGACCUCAAUGCUUCAGUGCCACAGAGGCUCCCAAUGGUGCUCUGUUGGGAGGCUUCCACUUCCAUAGGAUGAAGGACAAUCAGACCAACUGCCAUAUUGGCAGUCCUCCAUUCGAACAAUGACAGAUCUUGCACUUCAUGGUGACAGCGAUCCUCAAUGGGAGAUGGCUUCACGAUGAGCAUGCUGGAAAAUGAGAGUGAUUCAUGAUGUGUGCUUCAUGAUGACGGUGCUGUAUGACAGCACGUCUUGAUGAGUGCUUCAAGAUGACAGUUCUGUAUGUCAGCACAUCUUCAUGAGUGCUUCAUGAUGACAGUGCCAUAAUGAAUGCUUUAUGAUGACAGCUUCAUGAUGACAGCAUCAUAAUGAGUGCUUCAUGAUGACAGUUCUGUAGUGCUUCAUGAUGACAGUUCUGUAUGAUGACAUGCACUUUAUGGUGACAGCACCAAGAUGAAUGCUUCAUGAUAACAGCAUCAUAAUGAGUGCUUCAUGAUGACAGUGAUGUAUGACAGCACCAUAAUGAGUGCUUCAUGAUGACAGUGCCAUGAUGAAUGCUUCAUGAUAACAGCAUCAUAAUGUGUGCUUCAUGAUGACAGUUCUGUAUGAUGACAGCACCAUGGUGACAGUGAUGUAUGACAGCACCAUAAUGACUGCUUCAUGAUGACAGCAUUUCAUGGUCACUGUGCUGUAAAAUGACAGCACUUCUUGAUGAGUGCUUCAUGAUAUCAGAACUUCAUGAAUUACUACCCACUAGUAAUUACAACUGCUUUCAGUUGAACCAUACAUUGGCUUCUGAAUGACCUUAUCAGAAGGGCCAACAUAAUACUUGCUCCCUUGUGACCAGCAAACUGAAAAAUCUGAACUCUGUGAAUAUAACAUUAUAAUAUACUACCGUCAAACUGGAAAUUGUAUGUACUACAAACCAUUAUGUUUGAAACCUUUAGGUUUGCUGGUUAUUGCCAAAUUGUAUAAAUGUUAGUCACUUUGCAAGUCUCUGCGCCAACUGAUCAGAGGGGGAUGUCAUCAUUAUCUAAGCAUGAUGAAUGUAUCAUAGUCUGUGCAGUGUAUCACAGCCGUCUCACGUCUACGCAAAUUACUCAUGCGAUAUUCUGUAUUAUAAAUGUCAUAACAUGCUUACUGUUCCAGCCUGACUUUAAUAUCACUUGGAAUAUACAUUUCAGCCGAAUGCAAAGUAUAUUUUUGUAUACUAAUCAAAAUUAACCCCAAGGAGGAAUACUAGCAAUGUAAAGGACACCGAAGCCUGUGUUUGAGUGUCAUCUCCUGUCUGUGAACGCUGGUGUAUCAUGUACAUUUCAUCAAUCUUGUAUAUAUGUUAUGUUUAUGUUCAGCCCACUGUGGAUAUAUAGGAUAUAUAUCUAUAAGCCACCACUGUGGAUAUAAAGGAUAUAUAUCUAUAAGCAAUGUCGACCUGCUUCCUCUGCAGCAAGGGGGACUGACGAGAAUGUUCAGACAGUUUGAACAUUGUAUUGCACCUCUGUUGUUGCUUCGUAGUAAUAAUUUGUGGAUAAGAUGUUGACUGCUUUCUGCUACAAGACGGUGGUUAUUGCAUUAUUACGGAUAAAAUGUCCAUUUUAUACAGCAGGCAUGCAUAUAAGCAAAAUGUGAUGUUUCCCAGUGCUGUGUUUUCCCAUAUCUCUAUUCCUUGCUCCUUUCCCUUGUAUUCCCCUUUCUCUAUCCCAUGUCCCCACUCUCCACCUUCCCCGACCCGGGUUCGAUUCUCCACAUGGGUACAAUGUGCGAAGCCCAUUUCUGGUGUCCCUUGCCAUGAUAUUGCUGGAAUAUUGCUAAGAGUGAGGUAAAACCAUACUCACUCACUCACUCCCCCCCCCCACCACCUGGACAAACUACCAAUAGUCUCCCCUCCCAACCCCUUACCCACACUCAACCUGCUUCUACUAUCUAUCCAUAGGAGCGGGUGUUUUCCGCUCCCAUUAUACCCAGCCUCUACCAUCUAGCAUUAAGACUUGAUGUUGGUUGUGCCCAUGAGAAUCAAAUGAGUCUUUCCAUUAGAAGUGGCGAAAGGUGGAUAGCAUAGUGAUUGGUGUGUCUGCUUGUAAACACCACAUGCUCUCAUUCGAAUCACUACAUGUGGGGUAGCCUACUGGUUAAAGCCAAAGAACCGGGUUCGAUUCACCAGAUGGGUACAAUGUGUGAAGCCAAUUUCGCUCACCUACAUGGUUACAACCUUGGAUAUCCACACACUUAUUACAUAUGCUGUCAGUAAUAAUUUUUGAAGACAAGAACUUCCAUGGGAUGGCUUUCUAGUAUUGACGUUCAUUGGUAUGCUGACAUACUAAAACAUCAUUCUUAGUGCCAAUGAUAUGCUGAAAGGCCUACUCGUCCAGAUCUAAGACACAAUUCGCAAUUUGAAGAAUUAUAGCAAAAAUCUAUAAAAAUUACUCCUGUGACUCUAUCUCAGAGCGAAAUAGAUGGACUGACUAUCUGGUGUAAUACCUAGGGUACAUUCAACAUCAAGUAAGUGUUAGACAAUCCCAGCGUGUGAAGGCUGUCAUACUGACCAAAUCCUUUCUCGGAUUCCUCAGCAACCUUGACACAAGAGAAUGUUCCUUUGCAUUUCCAGUGCUAUUUACCCUGUUGUAUUUGCUAUAUUUAUUUCCCCCUUGUGGACCGUCCCCAUGGUUCCUGCCCACCUAGUCUAGAACCAUCUUGCACCUGUAUGUAUGAUAUAUGCCUUGUGAAUACUGCAGCACUGGUUCUGGUGAUAUCAUCAACUGACAACUAUCAGCGAUCAGAUCAGUGUUGAAAACAUUACCUGCACUUCGAUGGUCUGUUCCCAGACCAAAGCUGAUCUUGACAAGAUUCUAUUUUAUUAUUCAUGAAUUUCGCCAUAAUUGUCCACGCUGGACUUUUUAAGUAAGGUAUUUUAUGCUGCAUGCAGAUGUGCCCUGUCUGUCACUGUGGGCUUAUAGUGGAGGGUUUGUAGACUUCUAGAAUAUAUCUCAAUAUGCGACAUCUUCACAGGUCAGGUGUAGACAUGGCAGUAUUUCUCCAACUACCUCCAAUCUUGAAUUGAUUUUGGUCAAGGAAAUCUUGUUUCCAAGGGGCAGUGGGGUAGCCUAGUGGUUAAAGCGUUCGCUCGUCAUGCCGAAGACCCCUGUUCAAUUCCCCACAUGGGUACAAUUUGUGGAGCCCAUUUCUGGUGUCCCCCACCUUGAUAAUAGUGCUGAAAUAUUGAUAAGAUCAGCAUAAAACUAAACUCACUCACUCACCCAUUGUGUCUAAGCAUUCAAUCAUGUAAUAUUCUUGACAACUGUUAACUUCUUUCAAUAUUAAUACAUCAUAGUGAUAAUUAUAGUUUGGUAUAAGUUCUGGAUUGUCUUUAAUGAUGAUGCAGCAUAUGAAAUCAUUAGCUGCUGAGUUUUAGUUAAAAUGCUUCCUGUACAUUUUCUAAAGAAUGUCAUUGAUGAAUAGUUUCUUUAUAUCUUUUCCGAAUAACAGAUUCUGAUGCUUCUCUCACAAAUAAUGUUGAUACAAUUGUUGUAAAUUGGUAAAUAUUUUGUUCUUUCCCUGACCUGUGAAGAUGAAAGUUUGGCCAAUACUCAUGUAUUAAUGAACAAGUUGUGAGGCAGGUUCUCCCAAGUAUAAAGGGAUAUUUAUAAUAGUAAUAGUGGCAUAGUUUCCUCAAAAUAUGAUGAAAGUAACAUCAAAAUAUUUAUAUGGUUUUAAGAUCAUAUAUAGACAAAAAAAAAACUGGUGAUGAUGCUAGACAGUAACUUGUUACAUGUUGAAGCUCAUUCAGUUCUUCCUGGACAGUAUCACCGAUUCCGCAACCUUUUUCUCCGUUAGAGCAGCAUCAGCUUCAGUGAAGGCUUGGCAUGCAAAUGAUGGCUAUUUGUCCCAAAUUGUUCAAUAUGUACACCAGGAAAAAUGUCCAGAUUUUCUUGUGAUCCAGCGACUUUGUCUGCCUAACCAGGAGGUGAAGACGAUUAGCCAAUUUAGUGCAAUAUUGCUCUACCUCUUUGGAACUUUCAACAUCCACAUUGCUUACAGUUGUCAAGUGUUCAGCAUACUUGAGACCAGCUCUCAUUGUGUGAAAAUAUCCAUGCUGGAUCUGUAACCAUUAUGUUUAAGCUUUGAUUUUUUACUUUCUUUUCUUCCUGAAAUAAUUAUGAUUAUUGAUCAUUAUUUGCUUCUGACAAGUGUGAAAUACCUUUCCUAACCUUUAGUGUGUCUAUAUUUGGAAUUUUAGCAGUUAUCAUGCAACCUGUUUUAUUCAAAUCUUUUACCAGUUUGGAAAACUAAUUUUAAUGAUUUAACUCAGCCAUUUUAGUUUGAGUCCAACUUUGUAUGACAAUGUGUGUGUGUUAAAAGAUCCAUACUCUGAUCAGGUCUUUUGUAAAUGAUACAUUUCUGUGACAUUUCAACAAGUAGACGGUUUCUGAUUUCAAAGUAUACUGUGCUGAUGCAAUGCCAAGUCAUCUUCGAUGGAACUUUGCACAAUUGUCGGUUACCAUAGCAAUCAUAUAAAUGGAAUAACAGAAUAAAUGUAUAUUUAAGUGGCUGCACUGUACUAUCUGAGCCGAAUGGGGUCUGUAUGAAAUUAUCUAUCAGUCAGUGGUUAAUAAAGCAGCAUUCUCUGUUUAA